AUGCGGGCCGCGGCGGCGGCGCUCUCCGCGGUGCUGACGCUGGCGCUGGCGCRGGGCGCGCUCGCCUGCCCGCCGCCCUGCGCCUGCUACGUGCCCGCCGAGGUCCACUGCACCUUCCGCUCCCUGGCCGCCGUGCCCGCCGCCAUCGACCGCCUUGUGGAGAGGAUCAACUUGGGGUUUAACAGUAUACAGUCCAUAUAUGAAAACUCCUUUGCAGGACUCACAAAACUGGAAUUGCUCAUGAUUCAUGGAAAUGACAUUCAGAAUAUUCCUAAUGGUGCUUUGAAAGAUCUGGUGUCUCUACAGGUUUUCAAAAUUAGUUACAAUAAGUUGAAAGUCAUAACAAGCCAAACGCUUCAGGGACUUUCAAGCCUGAUGAGACUCCACAUGGACCACAACAGAAUUGAGUUUAUUCAUCCAAAUGCUUUUAAUGGAUUAACUUCUCUAAGAUUGGUCCAUUUGGAAGGAAAUAUGCUCCAGCAGCUUCACCCCAGCACAUUUUCAACAUUUAUGUUCCUUGAUUAUUUCAAACUGUCAACAGUAAGACAUCUCUACUUGUCUGAAAAUGCUAUUAGUACCUUGCCUGAAGGGAUAUUUAAGGGCAUGCCACUGCUGGAAAAUCUUUACCUUCAUGGGAAUCCAUGGUCCUGUGACUGCGACUUAAAGUGGUUCCUUGAAUGGAAUGAAAUGUCUGCAGGUGUUCUAAAAUGCAAAAAGGACAAAGCCUAUGAAGGGGGACAGCUCUGUCCUAAGUGCAGCAGCCCGAAACAGCUGCAGAAAGAAGAUAUUCAAAAUUUGAAAGAUAUUUCCUGUAGAAAACCUGUCAUUCAGUCCUCACUGAGGCAGAAUAACAGCACUCAAGAAGAAGAAGAGAGUGACAAUUACGAGCUCCCUUUGGAAGAGUUUCAGUCUUCUCCAUGGAAUAUUACUCUGAAUAUGACCGAUGAGCAUGGCAAUGUAGUGCACCUGAACUGUGAAAUCAAGAAACCAACAGGAUCUACCAAAAUUCAGUGGAGUCAAAUCCAGACUCAAGAAAUUGAUAUAAAUGCUUCAAUUUCAUUGGAUUUUGAAUGUCCAAUGAAUCGAGAAAACUAUGAAAAAUUAUGGAAGCUUAUAGCUUAUUACAGUGAAGUGCCUGUCAAACUAGAGAGGGAGCUUAUGCUCAGCAAGGAGCCUAAAGUGAGCUAUCGGUACAGGCAAGGCUCGGAUUAUGAUGCUCUCUACUACACAGGUGUUAAAGCUCAAAUACUCUCUGAACCAUCCUGGGUAAUGCAACCUCUAAUAAAUAUCCAAUUAAACAGACGCCAAAGUACAGGGAAAAAAGUGGUACUAUCUUUUUUUACUCAGUUUUCUCAGAUAAUUCAUACCAAAGACAUUAGGCAGCAGAGAAGCUGGGUAAUGAUAGAGCAAAAUGCUAGCACAAGGGUGGCGCAGAGUGUGGUGGAAGGGUCAGAGUGUCAGCUGAGCUGCAAUGUGAAAGCAUCUGAAAGCCCCUUCAUUCAGUGGCUCUUUCCAGAUGGCACUAAAUUGCAGGCACCAUUUAAUCAGAAAGACAGUAGGUUUUCCAUUCUCAGUAGUGGCCAGCUAAUAGUCAAAGGAGUGAGUUACACUGAUGCUGGUCUGUAUUACUGCAUUGCCCAAGUGAGAGAUGAUGUGGACGUCAUGGCUUACAGACUAUUAGUGCAAUCACCAUCUAUCCAGCCAGCUGAUACAGAUGUAGUGAGAGUUGAAAAAAAUGUUGGAGAUCCAAUAGUUUUGCCUUGCAAUGCAGUUGCCAUUCCUGAGGCACAGCUGAGCUGGAUUCUUCCAAACAGUCGUGUGCUUAAUGAUUUAUCAAACUCAUCAAAAGGAUAUGUGUUGAACAACGGUACUUUGCUUAUUUCAAAAAGCCAUGUCAGUGAUAGUGGCUAUUACAGAUGUGUGGCUGUCAAUCUGCACGGAUCAGAUCAGUUUGCUAUAAGGGUUAUGGUAAACAAAAUGGUGUCUGACAGGUCGUUUAGGAGGAUAAAACUAAAAAAGCGCCCGAGUUCAAAAAGUUCAUCAAAACCAAGAAUACGGGUAAUAGAGGAUGGAGAGGGAUCAGGAGUAGGAGGCGUGGAUGAUACCACACAAAAAAAGCACCAUCUGAAAGACUGGGAAAUACCCUUUAAACAAAGAAGUGACAAGGUGUCAGAGACUCAAGGUAAAAAGGGGAGGAAGGGCAGAAGGAAAAUGAAGAUCUGGAAAGGAACUGAUAGAAUCCAGGAGAGCAACGUUGCAGAAGGCCGAAGAGUAUUUGAAUCUCGAAGGAGAAUUAAUAUGGCAAACAAACAGAUUAAUCCACAGCAUUGGGCUGACAUUUUGGCAAAGGUCCGUGGGAAAAAUCUUCCUAGAACAACAGCAAYAGCCAUUUCUUUAACGACUGCACUGCCAUCAGCCAUGCAGAAAACAACCCCAGUCCCUCGCCUGGCCGCAAGCCCUCCUCCUGCUGCGGGGGCAGACGCUGAUGUGGUGGAUUCCUCUGCCGAUGCAUCGCCCCUGGGUGAAGAGGAGCCGCUCUCAGUCACUGUUGCCCACAGCACUAGAGCAUUUUCAGCCCAAUCCCUAUUAACAAAAUUGGAAACAGAACCCUUCUCUGACCGUAGCGCUUUAGCAACACCAGCAAGUAAAUACCCUGCAGAAACCCCUAUAGCAGAUCCAUAUUCUUCUCCUGAAUCUGUAUCUGUGCAACUCCAAAGUCAACAGCAACCCAACGUCAAGACUGAUUAUUCACUUGUAGUCAAAGAAAAUAUCCAUGCUCUCACUGAAGAACCUCCAACUAAACAAUUAGUAACUAACUUCCCUAAUAUCCAGAGCGGUUUGCCCUCAGAAGAAAAUGGAGCUACCACUGUACCUUAUACAUCAGAGGAAAAUUCUGCUUUUGCUGAGCUGCCGCUGGAUGCUACUGUCCUAGCUGAAUCUCAGGUUCUAGAUCAGCAAAGCAUCCUGGAGACAGAUGUGAAGAUAGAUGAAGUGAACCCUAUGGGUGUAGACAGCAUAAUUUUCACACCUUCCAAGUUGGACAGGAUAAUCUCAACAGAUACCAGAGCCACUACUUCUUCAUCUGUUUCUCCAUUUGUUACAGAAAAGAGCAGUGACAUGAUACACCAGCACACAGAAGUAUCCACAGGUCAGAUUAAAACUGCAGAGUUGGAUAAAAAUUAUCAUGCGGUCACAUCCCACAGUGUGCAGAGCAGGAAAGAUCAAGAGACAGCAGCAGAACAUAGAAACCUACCUGCUCCAAAAAUAGAUCCUACAUUCACUUCAACAAGCGCUCACGUUCCUCAUACAAAAGCAGACGGGAUACCAGUUGCUGCUUCCAUCGGCAAGUUGACCACUGUGGCCACAACAACAGCUCCCUAUAGAACAACUGCAUCUUCUAACUUACUUGUUACUCCACAUGCUAGAAAAAGGCCUUAUGGGAGAAGGAGACUGAGGCCAAACAGAAUCCGGCAAAGACAAAGACCCCGUCCUGUUUUAACCACAGAGAGAAUGCCUAUCAUCCCAAGGACAUCCAAUGUUGAAGCUAUUACCAAAAGUGUCUCGGCACCUCUUGAUGGUGAUCGUAUAACUGAUGGCAAAAUGCAUACAAAAGAAAAGGAACACUUGGAAGUUAGCCCUUCAGGAGUUACUGACCCAGUUGUCUUUGAGAAGGUGACCAGAAUCAGACAGAGGGUCACAACUUCUCUUUCCAGGGCUACUGUUUCUCCACCUGAAACAAAGCCUGUGAUAGCUCCUACUGCUUCAGAAACCUUGGCACUUCCAGUCCCUGCCCUUACCACAACCUUAUCCUCCUCUGUUGAACAUAACACAGUUCCUACCACCAAGUCAUAUGAGGCCCAGAAACCUGAGCAAAAUAACAUACCAACAUACCACUCAUUAGACCAUAUGUCUGAAGGAAAAGGCACUAAAGUAGAUUUUGAGGUUACAGAUAGUAAGACAGAACAAGGACAGUCAAGGACAACAGCUUCUCCAGAGCGUAUGAGCACCUUAGAAGUAUCUACGAAACCUGGUUAUCCAGAAUCUCAAGAAGAAUCUACUCUUUUUGACUCGGAAUCUGUGGCUAGUGACAUCACCACUAGAGCUUUCAAGCUGAUAUAUCCCACAGUAGCAGACUUAAGUAUUCCAGUUGGGACAACGGAAGUUCUUGAGGACCCUUCAGUUUUAGAAGAGGCACAGAAUCCUAUAAUACCUUUAAAACCACCUGCAAUGACUGAGCCACCUCAGCAACAAGAAAUUCUGACUUUGUCCUCUUUCAGCACAACUGAAAAGCAAACUUUUCCACUGAGAGAAACAAGUAAAAUGGUUGCUAUUCCUUCUCAGACUGAGACAAAAACAUCUUCCCUGGAUAAAACAGAAUCUGUAUCACAUGUAUUUCGUGAUGAUCUCAUUGUGCAGACAACUGAAAAGCCUCCAACUACACCCACUGCCUUGGACCCAUUUACAAAACUUGCUACUCUUUCCCCAUCCAUUUCAAGCACUUCACAUCCAUCUGUUUAUUACAACACCAAGGAUAGUAAUGCUUUCAAUCAAAUAAGGUUUCUAGAGACAAAACAAGUCGACAGAGACAGUGGCAGAAUGAUGGUGAGCUCCAAACAGAAUGCAUACCUUACUCCAUCCUCUAAUCAAAACAGGAUUAGUGUGCAGUCUAAAGAGGAGCCAUUCCAAGAGACGCAUAGUAGCAGGUCAAACAACAGUUUAUUGCUAAAUCUGAACCUUCCCCGUUCACCAGCUGGAAUGAUACCAAGCCUAAGACUGCCUGAGGUGCCUCCAAGGCAUGUUCCAGCAAGAGGCACGGCGAAGCCUCCGUAUAUUAUAACUCAAGGCUCGUUUCGUUAUUUUAUAACACACCAGCCGCUUCACUACACAAACAAGCCAGAGAUAACAGCAUAUGCUGCACAUACUACCCAGGACAAAAAACACACUGCCUCUCAAAUAGGCGCAACAACCACAGCACCAGCCACUCCAUUUUACAGGACAAAUCCACCCACUGCAAGCAAAUUUGGCAGUCAAGGUCAGAACAGAUACAAUAUUAAUACAAGAUUUUUUGGCAGUAACUACCUCCCAGAAAACAGAGGUACAGCGGGGAGACAACCAAGUCAAGGGAUCCCCUACCAUCCCAAUUCCAGAACGGUGUUCCCUCUUAAUCGAACAAGGAUAUUCCCUCACUUAGGAGUGCAUCCUAAACUGCUGGUCCCUGGUCAACAAAUCCCAGAGGAUGCAAAUGAGAAGAAAAUUGAUGAGGUCUCACCUACCACGAUUGCAGUGCAGAGAGCUACAGCUCUUGCAGUGCCUCCGUUGCCACACACCACAACCAGCGCAUCAGCGCUGCUGCCGGCGUUGAAGACUGCCACCUCAGCCUUUGUCCCUCAGCACACCAGGCAACCUAUAUCCACUACAGUUCAGCCUUUUAAAAGUAUCCAUGAUCGCCAUCAGAAGGCACCAUUUGUGCCUUAUGUGAGUGGCGGAAUGCCACACAAUUCCACCAUAAUUCAGUCCCCCACGAGUUUCAAAACGCUGGGAGAGAAACCUAAAAUUAUCACAAAAGGUUCUCAUGGCAUAACCAUCCUUGCUGAAACAGAUGCUUUUAUCCCUUGUGAAGCAGUAGGGGAACCCAAACCUUUUCUUACUUGGACAAAAGUCUCUACAGGUGCUCUAAUGACAGCCCAUACAAGAUUACAAAGGUUUGAAGUCUUGAAAAAUGGCACUUUGGUUGUCCGAAAUGCUCAGCUCCAAGAUCGCGGGCAGUAUUUGUGCACUGUUCAGAACCUGCAUGGCCUAGACAAAAUGAUUGUUGUCCUUUCAGUCGUAGCCCACCAGCCUAAAAUUCUACUUCCCCGCUAUCGAGAUGUCACUGUAUAUUUUGGAGAGACUGUAGCAAUGGAGUGUCAGGCUAGUGGGAUUCCAAGCCCACAUAUUUCAUGGAUUUUCCCAGACAGGAGGAUUUUGCAGAGAACUAGCACUACAGAAAGCAGGGUGAUGCUCCACGAAAAUCGAACCCUGUCUAUCAAGCAGGCGUCCUUUUCAGACCGCGGAGUGUACAAAUGCGUAGCUAGCAAUGCCGCGGGGGCUGACAGCGUCGCAGUGAGGCUCCACAUCGCAGCCUUGCCCCCUAUCAUCCAGCAGGACAAGCAGGAGAACAUUUCCUUGCCCCAUGGUAGCAGUGUCAACAUCCACUGCACUGCCAAAGCGGCGCCUUUUCCCAGCAUCCGUUGGGUGCUUUUCGAUGGCACGCAGAUCCGACCGUCCCAGUUUGUCAAUGGGAAUUUAUUUGUUUUCCCCAACGGGACUCUUUACAUUCGCAACGUCUCUCCCAAGGACAGCGGGAGCUACGAGUGUGUCGCGGCGAACAUGGUGGGAGCCGCCAGGAGAGCAGUGCAGCUCCACGUGAGGAAGCAGGCGUCCAACGCCAAGAUCACCGGGAGUUCUCCUCUGAGGACCGAUGUAACGUACGGCAGCGUUCUGCGUCUGGACUGCAGCGCUUCUGGCGACCCCUGGCCUCGGAUAUUAUGGAGACUGCCAUCCAAGAGGAUGAUUGAUUCCCUGCACAGCAGCUUGGAGACUCGAGUCAAAGUGUUCAGCAAUGGGACUUUGGUUGUCCAUUCAGUCACAGAUAAAGAUGCGGGAGACUACUUGUGUGUGGCCCGCAAUAAAAUUGGGGAUGACUAUGUGGUCCUCAAAGUGAAUGUGAUGAUGAAACCAGCCAAAAUAGAGCAUAAAAAUGAGAAAAACCAUAAGGUCAAGUACGGAGGGGACCUGAAAGUUGACUGCGUAGCCACAGGUCUGCCGAAUCCAGAGAUCUCCUGGGGUCUGCCCGAUGGCAGCAUGAUUAACACCUUCAUGCAGUCGGACGACAGCGGCAGCCGGACCAAGCGCUACGUCGUCUUCRACAACGGGACCCUGUAUUUCAAUGACGUUGGCCUGAGAGAGGAAGGGGACUACACCUGCUACGCGGAGAACCAGAUCGGGAAGGAUGAGAUGAAAGUGCGCGUCAAGGUGGUGGCUGAGCCAGCAGCCAUCAAGAACAAAACAUAYGUUGUCAUCAACGUGCCCUAUGGCGAUGUCGUCACCGUGGCGUGUGAAGCCAAAGGGGAGCCCACUCCCAAAGUGACGUGGCUCUCCCCCACCAACAGGCCCAUUCCUGCCCUAUCCGACAAAUACCAGGUGUACAGGGAUGGCACCCUCCUCAUCCAGAAGGCUCAAAGAUCUGACAGCGGCAACUACACUUGUGUUGUGCGGAACAGUGCUGGAGAAGAUCGGAAAAUAGUCUGGAUCCAAGUUAACGUACGGCCUCCCCGAAUCAAUGGGCAUCCCAAUGCAAUAACUUACGUGAGGGAGACUGCCAUGAGAGACAGUCGGAAACUUAUUGAUUGUAAAGCUGAAGGUAUCCCAGCUCCACGGGUCUUGUGGUCUUUUCCAGAGGGGGUGAUCCUGCCCGCUCCCUACUAUGGGAACAGGAUCACCGUGCAUCGCAACGGCACGUUGGACAUCAAAGAGGUGAGGCAGACGGAUGCAGUGCAGCUCAUCUGCAUUGGGCGGAAUGAAGGCGGGGAAGCGAGGCUCAUUGUGCAGCUCCUCAUCACAGACCAUGUGGAGAAACCUUCCUUCAGAGACCCUGUCACUGAAAGGAUCACUGCUAUUGCUGGGCACAGCAUCAAUCUGAACUGCUCUGUCCAGGGGAACCCUGAGCCCAGCACAAGCUGGAUCAUCCCCAACGGCACCGAGAUCCCCAGUGGCAGCCACCUGCACAGGUUUUACCACAAGAGGGACGGGAUCUUGCACAUCAGUGGUCUUUCCGCCGGGGAUGCAGGGACUUACCGCUGCACGGCCAGAAACCCCGGAGGUUACGUGGAAAGGGUUGUCUUCCUGAAGGUGGGGCUCAGACCAGAAAUCAGCAACCAGUACAACAACCUGGUGAGCAUCAUUAAUGGGGAAACUCUGCAGCUCCACUGCAUCACCCAGCCGAACCUGCGGGCACAGAUCUCCUGGACCCUGCCCAACGGGAUGGUCCUGGAUGCUCCGCAGGCUGUGGGUCGCUUCUCCCUGCUGGAGAACGGCUCGCUGACAGUGCGCGAGGCUUCUGUAUUCGACAGAGGCUCGUACCUGUGCAAGGUGUCCACAGAGUAUGGCACCUCCGUGAUGAACGUGCCCGUCAUAGUGAUAGCCUAUCCUCCCCGCAUCACCAGCGAGCCCGCGCCCGUCAUCUACGCCCGCCCCGGAAAUUCRGUGAAACUGAACUGCAUGGCCAUCGGGAUUCCUAAGGCAGAAAUAACGUGGGAACUUCCAGACAAGUCCCACCUGACAACAGGAGCUCAGUCUCGCCUGUACGGAAACAAAUUCCUCCACCCCCAGGGGUCAUUAGUCAUCCAGCAGUCAGCCCAAAGGGAUGCCGGCUUCUAUAAAUGCACUGCUAAAAACAUACUAGGCAGCGAUUCGAAAACGACCUACGUGCACAUAUUCUAACACUAAAGCAAGUGCCUUUGCCUGGGUGCUGAUGUCCAAGUCACUGCCAAGCAAGUGCAACAAGGAAAGUACUGUUUGCAACAGAGCCAGGAAGUCUGAGGGCAGGAAAAAGAAAAAAAGAUCAUACAUUUUCA